AUGAUGACAUCUCAUACCCUUGAAGGAAAUCAGGAAAGGAUGGGUCUAUUGGCAUCCAUGCAAGAUUCUUUGGAUGAUGAAGCUCGGAUGGAAUUUAGAAAGGAGGAUGUAUUGAGUGGAGUGAAUCAUAAUUAUGGAUCGAUUCAAGGUGAUGAUGAAACAAUUCCAAUGACAAAUUCGGGAAAAACAAUAUACAUUUCGUGUGAUGAAGCAAUUGAAUAUAUGGGAGUUGGAAAAUUUCAAAUUAUUUUACUCUUUAUUUGUGGAAUUGCAUGGAUGGCAGAUGCGUCAGAAAUUAUGAUUUUGAGUUUUAUCAUGCCAGCAGUUUCGAAUGCUUGGAAUCUUUCACCUGUAGAAGAAGCAACUAUUGGUGGUGUUGUAUUUGGAGGAAUGUUAAUUGGUGCUCUUUUUUGGGGAUUUAUUUGUGACAAGUUUGGACGAAAAUUAGGAAUUAUUGCGAUUUUUACAUUUUGUUCAAUUUUUGGAGUGUUGAGUUCAUUUUGUCCUAAUUUUUGGACACUAGUCGUAGCAAGAUUACUUGUUGGCUUUGGAGUAGGAGGAAGUCAUGCACCAUUUUCAUUAUUCACUGAAUUUUUACCUGCCAAAUCGAGAGGUUUCUUUUUACUAGUGAUUGAAGUUUUUUGGACUGUAGGAACCAUGGCCACUUCAUUGUUAGCAUUACUCUUUUUGGGAUAUCCUGAAAUCUUUGGAGAAUGGGGAUGGCGAUAUCUUGUGGGAGUCAGUAGUGUUCCCAAUUUCAUCAUGCUUCUUGCAGUUCCAUUCCUUCCAGAAUCUCCUCGAUUUUGUGUCAUCAAAGGUAAUAUUGAAAAGGCAGAACGAAUUUUCAAACGAGUGGCAUGGUGGAAUCGAAAGGCCAUGUUCGCUGCAUCUUUACAAAAACCAUCAGAUACUGAAAAUGGAAAAAAGAAAUCCACAGGUUCAUUCUUGGAUUUGUUUUCGAAAAAGAUGUGGUUCAGUUCAGUGGUGUUAUUUACCUUAUGGUUCAUUGGAGCACUUGGUUAUUAUGGUGUUGUAGUAAUUACUCCCAUCUAUUUUGGAGGAAAUAGUAAGGACAUUAAGAGUGGAUACAUUUCUACGAUCAUUGUCUCUGCUGCUGAAUUACCAGGAUUACUAUUAUCCUAUUCGAUUAUUAACAGUUUUGGAAGAAAGAAAACAACAGCCAUCAUGUUUUUAGCGUGUGGUCUUUGUUUGGCAUGUUUAAUGAUACCCAUUCCAAAGGUGUAUAAUUGGCUUCCAACCAUUUAUGCAGUAGGUGCAAGAAUGUCCAUUAUGGGAGCAUCCUGUGUGUUGUGGGUUUAUACACCAGAGGUUUUCACAACCAAUAUUCGAUCAUUGGGAACAGGUGUUGCCUCAUCAAGUGCUCGUGUCGCUGCCAUGAUCACUCCAUACAUUGCCACUGUACUCAUUCGUAUCAAUUCUGUCAUUCCCAUUGCCAUUUACUCUGGAUCAUGUUUAUUUGCAUUUGUCAUUACUCACUUGUUACCGUAUGAAACAGCAGGAAAAUCAUUGGCAGAUGGUGAGAAUGAAAUUGAUGCUGUCUUGAUCAAGACAACAAGGAAUGAAAGUAUUAAUGGUCAAACCAAGAAGAUAUUGAAUGAUGAUUGCAAGUCAUGUUAUGAAUAUUAA